CCCGGAAGACUGUGUAGGAUCUCAAGAGCUGUUGCUUGAGUGGAGGCGAGGUCAAAGUAGCAAUGUUGCUAUGUUUACAUAGACUGUAUCUGAUUAACCUCUUCGUUAUAACGUAAAACAGGUGUCGGUUAAUUCUCUGCUUUAGGAGUCAGAACUAACACAGGUCACGUGCUUGACUACAGGUCGAUGCUUAGUUACCGCAGCUUUUCCAGGUAACCGAACUGUUUUAGCUAACUGGUCUGGAGAGACACCAUGGGGAACGGAAUGAAUAAGGUUGUUGACGGGCUCUACCUGGGCAACAUAAGAGCAAACAUCUAAUAUGAUCUGCAUCCUAUAUACAGAUUCAGAGAACAGAGGAGGUCUCUCCAAAAAUGGAAUCACCCACAUCCUUUCUGUGUACAACAACGCUAAGCCAGUAUAUGAGGACAUGAAGUACCUUUGUAUUCAUGCAGAUGAUGCUUCCAGUCAGAACCUAUUGCAGUAUUUCAAAGAGUGUAUCGGCUUUAUCCACGAGUGUCGCCUCAACGGUGGAGCUUGUUUGGUUCAUUGCCUUGCAGGUGUUUCACGCAGCACCACCAUUGUUGUGGCCUACCUGAUGACCGUGACCCACUACAACUGGGAGGAGUGCUUGACUGCUGUCAUGGCUGUUCGCUCCAUUGUCGGUCCAAACUAUGGCUUCCAGCAGCAGCUGCAGGAAUACCAGAAUACACAAGUCUCUGAGUACCGUGCAUGGCUUCAGUCCAGUUUUCGUCCAAGUCCAUUCAACGACCAGCAGCAGGUGGAAGCUUUGUUGAACCAGUAUGCUGAGUAGCAGGAGAGCCAGGGGGAGAGCGGUGGACCACAGCUAGAUGAACCGGGAAGUAGACACUGAUCAUCCUGAAGGCAGCAGCUGAAACCUCUGCUUUCCAUAAGAAUAUAUGCCCAGAAUCAGCUGGAACUACUUCUGUGUACCCAAAUCAACCACCAACCCUAUUAAAACCGAAGAACACUGUGGAAAAUCCAAAUGUUUGGAUUAAGGAAUAAAUUGUUUUUUUCUAUCACAGUUUUUUAAAUUAUUAUUAUUGAUAUCGAUUUAGAACUGUGCUACAGACUUUAAAUCUUAUAAAGCUGAGUAUUGAUAAGGGGUUUUGGUCCUCAUGGAUGCCUUAUGAUAGACACUCCAGCACUUUAGUCAAAAUGAGCAUCUUAUAUGUUUCUGUUUUUUCUUUUGUCUUUUUACCAUUGACUUGGAAUCCUUAAGACUGUGGUUGAUUAACCUCUUACACCCUCAGGGGGUAUAAAUAAAUUUCUGCCUUACAAAAACA